AUGGACGAUGAGACUACGGAGGAAGUUAUGUACAUGACUGUCCUCGGAUGUGAACUUGCGAAACCGAAUCCCCUUCGCCCCGGCGUGAACCGAUCUCCCAGCUACUUCGAAACACUGAAGCAGUAUUGCCAUUUGCCCAUCAUGCAGAAAGAGGGUUUCAACAGGUUCCUCCAACUUUACAUGGAUAGCCAGGUAACUACAACUACAACUACAAACAUCCUCCCUCUAUUGCGAUUCGUGACUGAUCAAGUGCAGGUGGUGGUCGUUAACCCUGAAAGCUCUGCAGACUCGAUACAGCUCACCAAGCGAGUCAUGUACCUCGAACUCUUCAAAGACCUACAGGUUCUUUGCACCCAACCUGACAAUGUCGCAACCAGAGAGUUGGGUCAGCGCGUCGCAGCAGAGCUUGACGUCACAUACGGUGAACAGGUUGGUGUUCAGUAUCGGAAGUACAACAAGACCAGCGACAAGACGCUGUUGAGGUUUGUGACAGAGGGCAUGCUUCUCCAGAUAAUCGGUGACAAUCCUACCAUGGCCGGCUAUUCAUGCCUCGUCCUCGAUUUCUACGAGCCAACAAGUAACGUCGAUCGUCUUCUUCCUCUACUCAAGAAAGCCAUCGGUCUCCGCUACGACCUCCAAGUCGUCAUCAUGUCAACAAAAUACUUCGAAAAAUUCGCUCUUUACUUCGACGUUCCGCAUGGCCUCACUAUCGGAGGGUCUUCAUUCCCGGUUGGCGUCCAGCACGUAAUUGAAGCUGUGGCUGACUAUUGCGAGACGGCUUGUCACACGGUGAAUCAAAUCCAUCAGGACCAAUCCCCAGGUGAUAUCCUUGUCUUCUUGGCAACUGACAUCCAUGUUGACCGUGUGGUCGCGCAGCUGCGUGGCGCUAUCCCAGAUAUGGAGACUUUGCCAUUGUAUGGGAAACUAUCUAAGGCAGAAAAGGCGAAAGCCCUUCGUUCUAGAGACAAGAGUAGGUGUGUUAUUACCACCAACUUCGCCGAGAGUAGUAAUACUGUCGAAGGCAUUGUCUAUGUCGUUGGUAAGUCAAUAGCUAUCCUCAUCGGUGGCGACAAGCUGAUGUUUGCUGUAGACUGUGGUUUCGAGAUGCAGUCGGUCUAUAAUCCUCGCGUUAGAAUCGCCACCAUCCAACCUUGGCCAAUCUCCAAACCAUCUGCCGAUCUCAGAACUGCAUGCGCCGGAGGAGGUCGACCAGGGCUAUGUUACCGCCUAUACACGAGGGAGAUGUAUGAUGCGUUGCACGAGACCUCGUAUACCAGUAGCCUGAAAGACUGCGUCCCAGCCGCCAUUUUAGCUUUGAAGAGUGCAGGGAUCAACUCUAUUGGUACUUUCAACUUCCUCGAUCCUGCGAGUGAAGAAGUAUAUCUCCGGGGGAUAACGGACGUCAACGCGAUGAAUCUCAUUGAUGAAGUCGGGAUCAUCACUCCAGCUGGCAAGGUCGCCGCUACGCUUCCCAUCGAUCUCACCUGGUACAACGCAUUCAAUGAGGCCAUCAAGCUAGGCUGCCUGUCUGAACUCAUCGACAUCGCUGCUCUCGCGAGCGUGAAGAACCCCAUAUUCCUGAGGCCGCAUGAGACACAACAUGCAGCCGAUUUGCCACACGGUCAAUUCACAGCUCCCUUGUCGGACCACAUGACGGAGCUCAACACUCUACGCGCCUAUUUACGCACAAAGCGCAGCAUGUCAACUCAGGAGCUAGCUACCUGGUGCAAUGAAACGUUCCUGAGUUCUGAGGCACUAGAAGAGGCGUUGGUUCUACAGAAGGAUUUAAUCAAAUGGUGCAAAGCAAAACUUGACGUUUCUGAGAUCUCAGUUCUUACCCCGAAUGACAAAGACUACGACGUCAAGAUCCGCAAAGCCAUCGCCAAAGGGUUCUUUCUCCACGCUGCGAUGAGGGACGACUCUCCUCGACCUGACCAGUAUCGAACACUGAAGGAGGGCUAUCAUGUUUGGAUUCAUCCCAAUAGCGCUCUUGGUGGCGGGGAUUGGGAGUGGGUUGUGUAUCACAAGAUUGAGCCUACUGGCUUCCAGUACAUGGAUCGUUGUACUGUUAUUGAACCGACGUGGCUUUUGGUAAGUUUCAUCUUCUGGAUUUGA